AGAGAGAGAGAGAGAGAGAGAGAGAGAGAGUUUGUAAGGGGAGAGGAGAGGGGUCGACCAGAUGGAAGGAAGGAAGGAAAGGAUCUCUCUGCGGGCUCGAGUGCGCGAUUAAAGGAUUGGGCACAAAUAAACAAAUAUAUGAAUCAAAGCUCAUAAUAAAAAGAGGGGGUUGAAGGCGCGCCGCCGCGUUGCGUGGACGCGGACACGGACAAGACACAGCGGCGGUGCGCGCUCAGACAGCCUCGGCUCGUGUCUCUCCCUCUCUGGAUUUGAGUCCUCAUGUUCUUCAAACUCUCGGUGACGGUUUUUACCAACUUUUUGAGGUCAGGGUCUGAACAAGCUCCCCUCCCCUCGGAGUUGUAAUUCACUCUCUCCCCCGGAAAAGAAGAAGAAGCUCCGGGGUGGAAGAGGAGGAAGGAAAAGGCGUUUAAAAUUUAUUUAUUUUUGGUAUUGUUGUUCCUUCCGAGGAGUCCAGCUCGCCGUAGCUGGGGUUUAGGCGUUGGCACCCGGGCGGGGAGUCCCUCGCCAUGGCCGGGGCCAAGCCGGGAGUCCACGCGCUGCAGCUCAAACCCGUGUCCGUCCACGAAGCGCUGAAGAAGGGGGGCAAGUUCAUCAAAUGGGACGAGGAGCCUAACAGCGGGCCCCCCACCCUGGUAACCCUGAAAGUCGACCCUGAUGGAUUCUUCCUCUACUGGACUGGAGGAUCCAACCUGGAGGUGGAGAUUCUGGACGUCAACACCAUCCGGGACACCAGAACAGGGAAAUACGCCAAACAACCAAAGGACCCAAAGCUGCGGGACGUGCUGGGCUUCGGUAAAGGGGACAACGUUGAAGGGAAGCUGGUAACCGUUGUCCAUGGCAACGAUCUUGUCAACAUCUCCUUCCUCAACUUCCAGGCCAUGCAGAAAGAUACAGCGAAGAUUUGGACAGAUGAGCUGUUCACUUUGGCCACAAACAUACUUUCCCAGAAUGCAUCACGGCACACUUUCCUCCUCAAAGCGUACACUAAGUUAAAGCUGCAGGUGAAUCAGGAUGGAAAAAUUCCUGUGAAGAACAUUCUCAAGAUGUUUUCAGAUAAAAAGCGAGUGGAGACGGCUCUGGAGCAGUGCGGCCUCGUCAAUAACCGGUCUGAGGGAAUAAAGCCAGAUGAUUUCACGUGGGACGCCUUCCAGAAGUUUUUCGACAGCCUCUGUCUCCGGCCCGAGAUACAAAGCAUCUUUGAGGAGAGUGGCUCCAAGAGGAAGCCAUUCAUCUCUUUGGACCAGUUGAUAGACUUCAUUAACCACAGACAGCGAGACUCCAGACUGAACGAGGUGCUGUACCCCCCGCUGAAAAGAGAACAGGUCCGUCAGAUCAUGGAGAAAUAUGAGACCAACGUCAGCCAGCUGGAGAGAGACCAGAUCAGUUUGCAGGCUUUCAGUCGGUACCUGGAAGGAGAGGAGAACAGCAUCGUGCCUCCAGAGAGGCUGGAUAUCAUCGACGACAUGAACCAACCACUGUCUCACUACUUUAUCAAUUCCUCGCACAACACGUACCUCACAGUGGGUCAGCUGACUGGUCUGUCAUCAGUGGAGAUAUACCGGCAGGUGCUGCUGACUGGCUGCCGCUGUGUGGAGCUGGACUGCUGGAAGGGCCGGCCUCAAGACGAGGAGCCCUACAUCACCCACGGGUUCACCAUGACCACUGAGAUCCCCUUUAAGGAGGUGAUUGAGGCGAUAGCAGAAAGUGCCUUCAAGACCUCGCCGUACCCCCUCAUCCUGUCCUUUGAAAACCACGUAGAUUCAGCCAAGCAGCAGGCCAAAAUGGCCGAGUACUGCAGGACCAUCUUUGGAGACGCCCUGCUCAUUGAGCCACUAGAGAAAUAUCCGCUGGUCCCCGGUCAGGCCCUCCCUUCGCCGCAGGAGAUGCUGGGUAAGAUUCUCAUCAAAAACAAGAAGAAGCACCAACACCACCGGCCCUCGAGUAGCGGCAGCAUAAGACGCAGAGAGCUGGAGGAGCAGCUUUCGCCCACCAAUGACUGCCCUCUGACGGACGGCGAGGGAAGCCAGCUCCUUUCUAACGGGGAGGAAAAGCUGGCUGAGAGGAUGGUCAAGGACUUUGAGCCUCGCAAAUCCCUCGGAGGCGAUGGGGAAAGCGAGGACGACGAGGACGACGAACCGGCGACUGAGCUGAAAAAGCCAAACUCUGACGAGGGAACAGCCAGCAGUGAGGUGAACGCCACAGAGGAGAUGUCGACCCUCGUCAACUACAUCGAGCCUGUCAAAUUCAAGAGCUUCGAGGUGGCGAACAAGAGGAGGAAGUUCUUUGAAAUGUCGUCGCUGGUGGAAACAAAAGGCAUGGACACCCUGAAGAGCUCCCCCAUCGAGUUUGUCGAGUACAAUAAGAACCAGCUGAGCAGAAUCUACCCUAAAGGAACAAGGGUGGACAGCUCUAACUACAUGCCUCAGCUCUUCUGGAACGUCGGCUGCCAGAUGGUGGCGCUAAACUUCCAGACCCUCGACCUCCCCAUGCAGCUGAACAUGGGGGUGUUUGAGUACAACGGCCACAGCGGCUACCUGCUGAAACCCGAGUUCAUGAGGAGAACGGACAAGCACUUUGACCCUUUCACAGAAAACAUAGUGGACGGUAUCGUCGCCAAUACGGUCAAAAUUAGGGUGAUCUCAGGCCAGUUUUUGUCCGAUAAAAAGGUGGGCGUGUACGUGGAAGUGGACAUAUUUGGACUUCCUGCUGAUACAAAGAGGAAGUACAGGACCAAAACAUCCAAUGGGAACUCGCUUGACCCCGUGUGGGACGAUGAGAUGUUUGUGUUUAAUAAGGUGGUCCUCCCCACACUGGCGUCUCUGAGGAUAGCGGUGUUUGAAGAAAACGGCAAGUUUAUUGGACACCGGAUCCUCCCUGUGUCGGCCAUUAGACCUGGGUACCACUACAUCAACCUCAAGAAUGAGCUGAACCAGCCCCUCCUGUUGCCCUCUCUGCUGGUUUACGCUGAAGCCCAGGACUACAUCCCAAAUGAACACCAGGAGUACGCAGAGGCUCUGACCAACCCCAUCAAGCACAUCAGUCAGUUACAUAAGAGAGAGACGCAGCUGGCUGCUCUCAUAGAGGACAACAGUGAGCAUGUCCCCAACCAGCUCAAAGAGGGAGAGACCAAGAGGGAGAGUGAUGUCAUUCCAGGAGGUCGACUCCCCUCCCCCUUCGACACUCUCCCCUCGUGGUCAUUGGAGGAAGCCCCUGACAUCAUCAAAUUACCUGCACCGGCUCAAAGUCCAAAGGAAGACCUCAUUGCCACUGUUCUGGCAGACGUUCAGGCCCAGUCCAUCGAGGAGUUGAGGGAGCAGAAGAGCUUUCUGAAGCUGCUAAAGAAACAGAGCAAAGAAGUCAAAGAGCUGCGUAAGAAACACCUGAAGAAGGUGUGGAAUCUGAGCAAGGAGCAGAAGAGUCGGAGUUGCCAGCUUCAAUCUGACACCCAGAGGAGACGCAGCCAGAUGGAGAAGCACCUCAAACGGAGCAUCAAGAGAAACGAGCCCCAAGAGCCGGUGCAGCGCGAGCUGACGGCCCUGGAUCAGGAGCUCGAGCAGCAGACGGUCCAGCUGAGGGAGUGGCAGAUGAAAGAGCUGCUGAAGCUCCGACAACAGCUCCACGCACUGGAGAGAGAGACGCAACACACACACCUGCCCGAGGCCUUGCAGAAGUUAAAGGAGACGAGCCAGGAAUGCCAAGCAGCUCAGCUGAAGAAGCUCAAGGAGGCGUGCGAAAGGGAGAAGAAAGAGCUCCAGAAGAUCCUGGACAGGAAGCGACAAAACAGCAUCUGCGAAGCCAAGAUUCGCGACAAAGACAAGGCUGAAACGGAACUGAAUGAGAUCAACAGAAAGCACAUUCAAGAUUCAGUCUCCCUCAUCCGCGGGCUGGAGGAGGCUCAGACCAGGAGACAGGACAAGCUGAUGCUGAAGCAGCGGGAGGUACUGCAACAAAUAGAUGAUGAACUUCCACAGCUCCAGUCUAAGUUGGAAAGGGAACUCGAGCUGGAGUAUCAGCGACUACCGGAGGAAAUCUGCCAGCACCUUCAUUUGGAGCUCAAGAGCAAAGGCCUGCGAAAAGACGCCCUGUUCUCGCCUCUGUCCAAUCACAGCAGCCCGAGCCCCAGCUCCGGCUCUGGCCCGCCCUCCAACUGCUCCACGCCCUCUUACCCGUCAACGCCCAAUCAGAGCACCUGGAACAGGAGCAUGGACAAUAGCACUGCGUCAUUGGCCGAUUCCACUUCCUCGUCCACCACUCCCGUCCUGUCGGAGGCGGAGAUGUCCUUCAGUUAAAAUGAUUACUUGUAAAAAGGAAAACACAAUAUGUUCAAUCGGGGUCUAUGAGGAUUAUAAUGUGGGAUAGUAAUGAUCAUAAUUAUUGACUAAUUUUAUUCUUUCUUUUUUUAUUAUUCGACAGAGCUAUAUUAUUUUUUAUUUUGCUGUUUUUGUCGGAUGCACAUAAUGACUUUUGUUUGACGAUUUCAUAAGAAUCAUAACCAAAUUUUGAAUUUUUUACAUUUUCUUGUCUGUCUUGCUUUUAACGUCAUAUCCUUUUUGAUACUUUUUUCUUAGCGUCAUGGAUUUUUGUCUGGUCAGUAAGCGAUCGCCACGCAAUACGCUUCAUGCUCACAUGUUUCAGCUUUCAGUUGGUAGCGACUUGAACCCUCUUCAGUGACACUUUUUGAAAGCGUUUAACUCUAGAGCCAGGUUAGAAAACCAUUGUUCAGGAAAACAUUGUAACAUGCAUACAGUUGGCCAACGCGAUUUAUUAUUCAUCUUUUGAGAUUUUGUUUGUCGCAACAUUAGAUCAAUGUGCUUCGUAAUGCCUCAUGUCCAACAAAUGCAUGAAGCACUAUUGAGAAUGCAGCCUCUGGAGUGCCUCAAAACACAUACACAUCUUUUCCAAGUAAAAUAAUUAAUGGUUAGAGCAGUAAUUUCCAGAAUUGAGUAUCAAUAGAGAACACGAGAGAACAAUAUUUCAAAAAGGUUUUAGAUGCAAUGGCAGAAGCGACCAGCAUGCGGUGCUGAAGCUUCAGCUGUUUAUUUUAAACUGGGGGUUUAAGCCUUUUAUUAAUUUAAGCUGAUUAUCUGAUCAUACUGUAUGACACACACUCACCUGCCUCAGCAGGAGCUGCAGCGUCAUUGUGUGAAUAUGGUCUCUGGCCUUUAACCCCAAAUCAAAGUCCAGCCAAGGUUGCAUGGGGGAGGGGGGCUCCAGCUGGCUAGAAACGUGUGUGUGUGUCUGUGUGUGUGUGUUAGUGAUGUAACACCCUCUUUCUCACACACACACACACACACCUGCCUGACACUGUAUUUUACUGAGGCAUUUUAACCAUGCAUAAUGAUAUGUGUGUGCAUGCAAGCACACACACACACACACACACACACACACACACACACACACACGCACAGUGUAAUGGUUCAGUGGCUAAAAGACUUAAAAAUCCUCAUCCCAUGUAAUCCAUCCUGUUUUAAAAACAAGACGCGCACACACACGCACACACAUACAUUUUAUGACUAUCUGAUUACUAAACUCAACAAGGGUAUUUGUGUGUGUGUGUGUGGAGAAGUUAAUCUCUUGGUGAGACAUCUGAUUAUUCCUGCUAAAUGGAAAUAGUGUGUGUGUGUGUGUCUUUCCAUGUUUGCUGGUGGAAUUACUUUGACACUUUUGCAGCCUAGAUAUGGACAUUAUGCUUAAAUAGCAACGCCACUGUAGGAGACGGUCCUCAGAUGAUGGUUUAAGGCUGCACUAUGACAUUUUAAUAUAAAAAUGCAAUCUUAUUUGGAGUCUGAAUCCCCAUGUGAGGCAAACGCAUGAGGGUAUUCCUUUGCAUUCUAGUUGCUACACUGUAGAUCUGCUCAAUUUGGCAAAUUCUUUUUGUUUUAAUGUUUAGAUUAUGUGGAAAGAAUUCCUGUCACAACUCAUUUGACAGCUUGAUGCUUAAUUUCACUGAAGCCUCAAAAUUCAAUUCAAAUUCAAACUUCUUAUUGCUGUUAGGUGCGACCACGUGUAGUUCAGUUCUCAGUGGACAUAGGAACAUUUUUAUUUUAGGGGGAAUAUUCCACUCAGUUUGUAAGAUACUCCAUUGAAGCCAAACAUUGAAUGUGGCAUUGUAGUGCACAAACGGUACUUUGUUUAAAAAAAAUCUGUGUUUUCUUUUUUUUGUCCCUAUCAAAGUUUCCUCACUUUUUAAUUUCAUCCAUUACUGGAGACCUUGUUUUUUUUUUUUUCUUUCUUUCUUUUUUUAUAAGACAAAACAAUGUUUUUGUCUUUCUUGUGGUUUCCACUUUGAGUGGUAAAAUGAUGGCACUCUGUGUAUAUGAAUUCUGUGUACAUGUUUAGCUUUAUGUGAAUUUUACUACUGACUACAAGUGCUAAAGAGGGAUGGAGGUCAGCAGAGGACAAUGAAGGUUGAUGAACGAAAAGAGUUAGUAUAAAAUCUACUUUUUUUCAAAAGAAAAGAUUAUUAGUGAAGACAUUUCUGCCUUGUCCUCUUCCACCUCCCUCCUUCAAUGAGCACUGGCUGCCUGACUGUCUGAUUACCCCCCUCACACAAACUCUUUGUAAACUAAUCUAUUUAAAUGGAAUUUUAACAACUUUUUCUUUUGUGGUUAUUUAAGUUUUUUUAUAGGUGGAAGAAAUAAGCCACUAGUUCAUUUGAACAAUUUGCAGAGUGUAUCAAUCAUGUAUCAAGCCCCCCCCCCAUUCCAGACACAAUAUGUGCAUCUCUUCAAAGCGUUUUAAAAUCUGCUUUUUCAGGUUUGACACCGUGAAGAAAGCAACUCGAAGCCAGAAGCCAGCGGUUGGUUUGUCCUACAGGUCAUUAGUGGGACUGCAACCACACCUUCUGGGGUCAGGACUGUCUGAAAUGAGGAUGCUGAGCUUUAGUUUAAGAAGACAGCCAGCCUGUUCCUGCACUCGGCGUGCUGCACGUACAUGUCAAUGUUUUUUAAUCAGCAAUUUCGCUUUAGACACGACCGUAUGCUGUGUGUGUGUUUUUUUUUUUAAUGUGUUAUAAUUGUUUUACUUUAUGCAGUGAAGACGGUGGUAAAACAGUUACCCAUCUUCUCAAAUCAAAUGGUUUAUUUAAAAAAAAAAAAACGUUUCGAGGUGGUCCAAGCCAUUCCAAAUCCAGUGGCAAGUAUUCAGAUAUAUUUGUACAUUAUUACUAAAAUACACAGAAGAUUGUUAUUAAUUCUUAUGUUUGAUAUUUUACUCCAACCCCAUUUCAGCUGAAAUUGUUCUCAUGUUUAGAUGCACUUUUAACAUUCUGUGCUUUUGUUGCUAGUAAAAAAAAAAAAAAAAGUCUUCAAUCAAUACAACAAUUUUCCAGUGGUUUUCA